UACCUAUGCGAACAAAUCGUUCCGGGAAAUCGUGUCACAAUUGUCGGUAUCUAUUGCAUUCGUUCACUGGCACCCACUAAGGCCCAUUCCGCUGCGGGUGAACGGGGUAACAUGGCUGUGCGUCAGCCGUACGUGCGUGUUUUGGGCUUAAGCAUCGACACCGAAGGACCUGGGCGCAGUGGUCUUGGUUCAAGUUCUAUGAUUUUGUCGAACUCAUCCACCACAUUCACUGAGGCUGAAGAGGAGGAACUGAUAGCUCUGGCCAAUUCACCUGGUAUUUACGAACGACUGGCUCGCAGUAUUGCACCUUCAAUUUUCGGCAGCUUGGACAUCAAAAAAGCUAUCGCAUGCCUCAUCCUGCCUGAUGGUUUAUGUCGUCGCGGUGAUAUCAACAUGCUGAUGUUAGGAGAUCCCGGAACUGCCAAGUCCCAGUUACUGAAGUUCGUGGAACGUUGUGCUCCCGUGGGUAUCUACACCUCCGGCAAAGGAAGCUCAGCGGCAGGUUUAACAGCUUCGGUCAACCGAGAUCCAUCAUCACGAACCUUUGUGAUAGAGGGCGGCGCUAUGGUCCUCGCUGACGGUGGUGUUGUCUGCAUCGAUGAGUUUGACAAAAUGCGCGAAGACGACCGAGUUGCUAUCCACGAGGCGAUGGAACAACAAACUAUUUCAAUUGCAAAGGCAGGUAUAACGACUACAUUAAACAGUCGAUGCUCCGUUUUGGCAGCUGCGAACAGUGUCUAUGGUCGAUGGGAUGAAACGAAAGGAGGAGAAAAUAUCGAUUUCAUGCCCACCAUUCUUUCGCGGUUUGACAUGAUAUUCCUGGUUCGUGAUGUACAUGAUGCACAACGAGACACAACCCUCGCGAUGCAUGUUAUGCGCGUUCAUCUUCACGGAAAGUGA